AUGCUUGAUAAACGACCAGAUACUCAUUGUGUGGCCCGAGUACAUGUAUGCUUCUUGUGUUUAGUACUACUGGUCUGCAUUAUUACAGCAGCCAUUACACACCUAUCCUUGGAUCCACUCAAGAAAAAGAUAAAUUCCCAACUGAGCAAAACAUUUUACAAUCAACUGGGCAAGUACGACCCCAAGGCUAGCAAUGGUCCCGAUGUGGUGGUUCGAUCAGUCUAUGUGGACCUGAGGCAUCGCUAUGGGCAUCGGAAUGCUACUGUGUUUCUAAUCGAAGUCCGUAAACAUUUUCUCUACACUUCACUGAUCACAGGUUGUACUGUUGGGGACCACUUUACAAGUGUUUUCAAGAUUCACCCGAUCUACAUAAAUGGGAAAACGGGAAAGCUAAUCGAUGAAAAGCCUUCCCUUACACAUGCAAUGGCACUUGUUGACUGUUUUGAUCUACCAGCUAGCAACGGAAGUAAAGCAGCUUUGUUGUACAGAACUAAUAUUAAUGGAUUUGUCAUUCCUGCUGAAUCAGAACGACCUGUAUACAUUCCUUAUCAUCACAGUGAUAAUUCACCCUAUACAAUUGCUGCAUGUCUGGCAGUUGUGUAUGGUCGACCGACAUUCUUGAAGGACUGGUUGCAGUAUCAAAAAGCCAUUGGAAUUACUCAUGUUCACAUUAUUGCUGAUGCCAGUUUUAACGGUUUCGAGUUGCCUUAUAUUAAAUCUGAUCUCUCGUCUGGUUUUUUGACUAUUGACAUAUGGAAAGUUUGGCUGAAAACAAACACAGAAAUUCACUACCAUUCACAGAUGUUGGCUUAUCACGACUGUAUCUAUCGUUAUCAAGGCACCUACGAUUACAUCAUGAUGGUCGAUCAAGAUGACUUCUUUGUACCCCUGAACCCCAAUAGGACCUCGUUACACUGGUACAUAGACAACUGGUGUCAGGAAGGAGCGUGUGUAUUUGACUGGGUAGAGUAUUAUCCUGAUUGUGGUCUGACUAAAGACAAUGGCGGUAUACCUCCUGGCAAUCUCACCAGUCGACUCGUUUCACAGUCUCACAAAUGGCUACCAUUUAAGAAGUCUUUAUAUCGAGUUCUCGACACCAUAGAGGUAGGAAUUCACGAUCCACGGGAGAUGAUGCCACGUACAGGAGGAAAGACAGUGCCUGACAACCAAGCAUAUGUGGCUCACUUGAGAGCAUUUAGACGACCUCCCAAUGGCUGCUAGCUAUAGCUCUCUUGUUUACUUUUGUCACAGCUAUAGGUUAAUAUUGUCUUGCACACCCCAUGGCUCUCUUACUAUUAUAGUCUGUCACUUAUUUCGUCUAUGUCAUUGAUAUGAUAUUAUGCAC